AUGGCAAUGAACGCGAUUCAGCUCGGUCUCCGACUGUGGGAGUUCCUAUGGACCCUGCUGGUCAUGGCCCUCAUUGGUAACAUGAUCGCCGAUUCAUUUAGCGGAAACCCUGCGACCGUCAAUUAUGCCAUGUUUGUUUCUGCAUUUUCUAUGUUCACACUGUUUUACUUGGUGCCGGCAUCGAUCAAUAUCGACUGGGCGAUCCACCCGAUCAUCAUGAUCGUCCUGGACGUUCUCAAUGCCAUCUUCUUCCUUACGGCCGGUAUCGCGUUGGCUGCGAAGCUCCAGGCCCACAGCUGUAGCAAUGACUUAUACACUCUCCACAACGAGAUUACCAACGGCUCCGUGCACCGCGAGAAGCGUUGUCGUGAGGCGCAGGCAUCAACUGCUUUCCUUUGGCUCGCCUGGGCUGGAUACACGGCUUCUAUCGCCCUUUCAUCCCUGGCGGCCCGCCGAUCCGUCAACCUUCGCCCUCGGACGGGUCCUGCCCGUGGAGCCCGUCCCAGCAUGGCCCAGGUCUAA